CUUAACCUCAGCUCCACGUGGUUCGAGCGAGUCAGCAUGUUGGUGAUUUUGCUCAACUGCGUCACACUCGGGAUGUUCCAGCCGUGCCAGGACCUGGAGUGUCACUCAGAGCGCUGCAGCAUCCUGCAGGCGUUCGAUGACUUCAUCUUUGCGUUCUUCGCGGUGGAGAUGGUGCUGAAGAUGGUGGCUCUGGGCGUGUUCGGCCCGAGGUGUUACCUUGGAGACACGUGGAACCGUCUGGAUCUCUUUAUCGUCAUGGCAGGGAUGUUGGAGUACUCUCUAGAUGGACACAACGUUAGUUUCUCUGCAAUCAGAACAGUUCGAGUUCUCAGACCUCUCCGAGCCAUCAACAGAGUUCCCAGUAUGCGCAUCUUGGUGACGCUGUUGUUGGACACGUUACCGAUGCUGGGAAACGUUUUGCUGCUAUGCUUUUUUGUGUUUUUUAUUUUCGGAAUUGUUGGCGUGCAGUUGUGGGCGGGGUUACUGCGCAACCGCUGCUUCCUGGACGACGACGCAAGAACGAUGUAUAAUUUCUCUCCGUCUUUAAGCUCUUACUACAAACCCGAAGACUCCGACGACAUCGCCUUCAUCUGUUCGACCAACCGCGAGAACGGAAUGCUGCGCUGCUCUGACGUCCCGCCCCGCAAAGUGGGCGGAGCUUACUGCGAGCUAAAUGCUCACAACGCCACGACCCCUGAUCGCCUAGAGCCCGCCCCAAAGGGGUGGUGCGUCAACUGGAACGCGUACUAUAACAACUGCAGAGCGAGCGAACACAAUCCGCACAACGGCGCCAUCAACUUCGAUAACAUCGGAUACGCGUGGAUCGCCAUCUUUCAGGUGAUCACACUAGAAGGCUGGGUGGACAUCAUGUACUACGUCAUGGACGCACACUCCUUCUACAACUUCAUCUAUUUCAUCUUCCUCAUCAUCGUGGGCUCCUUCUUCAUGAUCAAUCUGUGCCUGGUGGUCAUCGCCACGCAGUUUUCCGAAACCAAGCAGCGUGAGAACCAGCUGAUGCGCGAGCAGCGAGCGCGCUUCCGGAGCACAGAGUCCACGCUGGCCAGCUUUGCUGAGCCUGGCUCGUGCUACGAAGAACUCCUGAACUACCUUAUCCAUCUUUUACGCAAGUUUUAUCGCUACGUUGUUCACUUAUAUAACGUCGUGUGGAACAAGAGCAAGGCCGCUAGCCUCGGGGAGUCCGCCACUGUGGGCGGGGCCAAUGGACACUGGAGCAAUAAGGAGAAAAUUGAGCUGACCCGGCACCUUUUUCAUCAUCAUCCCCACCACCAUCAUCAUCAUCAUCCUCAUCAUCAUCACCAGCACCACAUGGGAAAUGGCAUGGAUGUCACGGAAAUGAAGGCGGUGCUUCUGGGCGGAGAUAAAUGUCUCCCCAAAUACGCUUCCUCGUUCCCUCUGACGGUACACAGCCUCAAGGGGAUCGGGGUGAACUACCCCACCAUCCUGCCCCUGGCCUUCUUCUCACACUCACGGGUUCGCCCUAACUGCACUGGGGCCCUUAAAACCAGCACGUGCACCCAGAACACCAACAACAAAACACAGCACGGUGUCCACCCAGGCAUGUGUUCGAGUGUGUGUACAGAAGCUGGCACCAGAGCGGCACCGUGCGAGUUUCCCACAUGCCCGGUUUCUGCCCGCGAGGGCGACACGCUCAGCUCCGACUCCGCCUGUGACUCGGACGCGGAGAAAGAGAGCGACGCGGAGCAGAAAAAGUCGAGCUGGGAAUCGGAGAGGAGCUUCAGCGAGAAGCCGAGGAGGGAGAACUUCCUCGGGGUGUGUGUGGGGUGUGUGAGGGGCGUGCUGAGGAGGAUCGUCGAAAGCAAGUACUUCAACAGGGGCAUCAUGAUCGCCAUCCUGAUCAACACUCUCAGCAUGGGGGUGGAGUACCAUGAGCAGCCUGCUGAGCUGACAGAUGUGCUGGAGAUCAGUAAUAUCGUCUUCACCAGUCUGUUUGCCCUGGAGAUGGUGCUGAAGCUGCUGGCCUGCGGUCCGCUCGGCUACAUCAGCAACCCGUACAACAUCUUCGACUUGAUCAUCGUCAUCAUCAGUGUGUGGGAGCUCAUCGGACAGGCGGACGGAGGCUUAUCCGUCCUGCGCACAUUCCGUCUUCUCAGGGUCUUAAAGCUGGUCCGCUUCCUGCCAGCCCUGCGCAGACAACUCGUGGUCCUGAUGAAGACCAUGGACAACGUGGCCACCUUCUGCAUGCUGCUCAUGCUCUUCAUCUUCAUCUUCAGUAUACUCGGUAUGCAUCUGUUCGGCUGUAAGUUCACUCUGCGUCUGGAGAAUGGAGACACCAUCUCAGACAGGAAGAACUUCGACUCUCUGCUUUGGGCCAUCGUCACAGUGUUCCAGAUAUUGACGCAGGAGGACUGGAACGUCGUGCUGUAUAACGGCAUGGCCUCCACCUCUCCCUGGGCGGCGCUGUACUUCGUUGCCCUCAUGACCUUCGGCAAUUACGUCCUCUUCAACCUAUUGGUGGCCAUUUUAGUGGAAGGCUUCCAGGCUGAGGGUGAUGCUAGCAGGUCAGAGAGCGACGAUGACGCGUUCUCAUCUGACUUUGAUGACGAGGACAGGUUGAGAGAGUUCCUAAGCUCAGGUUCGGAGGUCAAAGUGCAGACGCUCCUGCCCAUAUCAAACGGCCACCUGGAGCCCAGAGCCACCAUGCCGUCGUACCACGGCAACACUAUGGCCACGCCCAGAACUGAAGUGUCUCACGUCGACAACCAAUCACUGCGCAGCAGUAACGCCUCCUACGAGCACCAUGACCAGAAGUCCAUAUCCAGUCUAUGGGGAAGUCGGCGCUCCAGCUGGAACAGCCUCGGACACGCCCCGAGCCUGAAGAGGCGUGGCCAAUCAGGGGAACACGAGUCGCUACUUUCGGUCGAGGACCGGGACAGUUUCGAGGACGUCCAAUCAGAAGGGGGGAAGUCCAGCAGGACCGGCAGCUUGAGCAGAGUUUCACAUCUUGAGUCGUUCGAGUUGCCGGAGCUGCUACAAGUCCCGCCCAUGCCACACCUGUACGGAGAGUGCAACGGCAGAUUGGAUGGGGCGUUUCCGUCCUCUCCGUACACGACACCGCGGGAGACGGCGCACGCGCCCGGAGAGCAGGAGGACGAAUUAGAAGAGAGUUGGUGUGUUAUUCUGAAAAGGAUGCUGGAGCCGUACAAACCCCAGUGGUGCAGAGAUCACGAGGACUGGUCACUGUAUGCGUUCUCACCUCAAAAUACGUUCCGUGUGCGCUGUCAGAAGAUCAUCACUCACAGGAUGUUCGAUCACACCGUGCUGGUCUUCAUCUUCCUCAACUGCAUCACCAUUGCACUCGAGAGACCCGACAUCCAGCCGCACAGCAUUGAGCGUGUCUUUCUCAGUGUGUCUAACUACAUCUUCACUGUGAUCUUCGUAGCUGAGAUGACAGUCAAGGUGGUGGCCAUGGGGCUGUACGUCGGCCCAGGCUCGUAUCUGCAAAGCAGCUGGAAUGUUCUAGAUGGCCUGCUGGUGUUUGUAUCUAUUGUGGACAUCCUGGUGUCUCUGGCCUCAUCUGGAGGAAACCGCAUUCUGGGAAUCCUGCGAGUGCUGCGUCUUCUCAGAACGCUUAGACCACUCAGGGUGAUAAGUAGGGCUCCUGGGUUAAAGCUGGUGGUUGAAACAUUAAUAACUUCUCUCCGGCCAAUUGGGAAUAUCGUGCUGAUCUGCUGUGCUUUCUUCAUCGUGUUUGGAAUACUGGGAGUCCAGCUCUUUAAGGGAAAGUUUUAUCACUGUGAAGGCUUCGACACCAGAAACAUCACCAACAAGUCAGAGUGUCUGCAGGCGAAUUACCGCUGGGUUCGAAGGAAAUACAACUUUGACAACCUGGGCCAGGCCUUGAUGUCAUUGUUUGUCCUGUCAUCCAAAGACGGCUGGGUCAACAUCAUGUAUGAUGGAUUAGAUGCAGUGGCGGUGGAUCAACAGCCCAUAAGGAACCAUAACCCCUGGAUGCUGCUAUACUUUAUUUCAUUCCUGCUGAUCGUCAGCUUCUUCGUGCUGAACAUGUUUGUAGGCGUCGUGGUGGAAAACUUCCACAAAUGCCGUCAGGACCAGGAGGAGGAGGAGGCACGCCUCAGGGAGGAGAAGAGGCAGAGACGGCUAGAGAAGAGGCGCAGAAAGGCACUCCAGAGGCCGUAUUAUGCAGACUACUCUCCCGCCCGCCUCUAUAUCCACACCCUCUGCACCAACCACUACCUAGACCUCUUCAUCACCAUCAUCAUCGGAAUCAACGUCCUCACUAUGUCCAUGGAGCACUAUAACCAGCCCAAGUAUCUGGAGGAAUCGCUGAAGUACUGCAACUACGUCUUCACGCUGGUGUUCGUGAUCGAGUCCAUGCUCAAGCUGGUCGCCUUCGGCUUCAGGAGGUUCUUCAAAGACAGGUGGAACCAGCUGGACUUGGCCAUUGUCCUGUUGUCCGUUAUGGGAAUUACGCUUGAGGAGAUUGACCUGAAUGCCUCGUUACCCAUUAACCCGACUAUCAUUCGCAUCAUGAGAGUGCUACGCAUUGCCAGAGUCCUAAAGCUGCUUAAGAUGGCCACAGGGAUGAGAGCGCUGCUGGACACAGUGGUCCAGGCUUUACCGCAGGUUGGAAAUCUGGGGCUUCUUUUCAUGCUGCUCUUCUUCAUCUACGCCGCUCUGGGAGUCGAGCUGUUCGGGAAACUCGAAUGUUCCGAGGAGAACCCGUGUGAAGGUCUGAGCCGUCACGCUACGUUCGAGAACUUCGGCAUGGCGUUCCUCACCCUGUUCCGAGUCUCCACUGGGGACAACUGGAACGGCAUCAUGAAGGACACACUGAGGGAGUGUAAGAGUGGAGAUCGCUGCUUGAGUUACCUGCCGCUGGUCUCCCCGCUCUACUUCGUGACGUUCGUCCUGGUGGCGCAGUUCGUCCUGGUGAACGUGGUGGUCGCCGUGCUCAUGAAGCACUUAGAGGACAGCAACAAGGAAGCCUGCGAGGAGGCGGAGAUGGAGGCGGAGCUGGAGGCGGAGCUAAAGGCAAAUCGCUUGCAAAAUGCAGCCGCCGCCGCCGCCGCUGCCGAGGUUAGCGGAUCUCCUGCGCUUAAACAGGGAGACGACCUUCAGGACAGGAACCUGCUCUCGGUCGGGAAGCCGAGCAUAUCGAGGAUGCUGUCUUUACCGAACGACAGCUACAUGUUUUACCCCAAAGCGGGACACAAACCCAGAGAUCAGCUCUUCUCCAAACAGCAGACCCUCGACUACAAUACAGUCACAGACUCGUCACUGUCGGUGAAGUCAGAUCUCUGUGAGUGGGAAUCCCUGCUGCAGGUUCCCGACCCUCCGACUGGCCCCGCCUCUCAUUUAGUGCCCCUCCCACCACACCAUUCGACCCCCCAAAAGUCUUUCAGGAUGCUCCAAAGACAGGAGGCGAUAAAGAGCGACUCCGUGGACUCCGCCAACCCUGGAUCGAUGGACAACUUAUUUCUGCACCACUCCGAUUCCCUUAAAGUCCCCAGCAUCCCUUUGACCGGAGGCUCCGCCCCUUGUUCUCCUCGAGCCACGCCCCCUAUGUGUCGCAGUCGGACAGCCAGCGUUCAGACAAGCAGACGCGUGUACAGCCAGCGCACCAUCCCAUCGCGCAGAUCUACACACACACAACCGGACACGUACACACACACGACUAACACGCACACCUCGGACGAAGAGAUCAGACAUAUCCUGUCAUCGGUCGAGACGAAAGACUCCGGUGUGUGGCUCCUCCGGCGUAGCCACACCUUAUCUCCGCAUGUCGCAGGCACUUUAUGUUCGAAAAGCCAAUCGCAAAGAAGUAAGAGUACAGGAACUGACCUUAGGAAGUACAACAGCAUGGACUCGACCCAUGGGGCGUGGUCUAGCCAGGUGCAAAAGUACAACAAAUCACAGGAGACAGAAGCGUCUCUAUCGCGCAGGAAGCACAAAAUGAGUCCACCCUGUGUUUCGGCUUCCACAGACCCGCGCGUUUUUCCUGAAACUUCUCAGAGCGGCACGGUUCUGAAAAAGCGGGCGCCGUCGUUCGACUCCACGCUGCUCCAGGAGCCUUUGGAUCUUCCCGAUCCUCUUCCUGUUCUGGUCGCUAAGCCCCUCCCACAACCUCAUCUAUCGAUCCAUCUGUCCGUCCCGUUGGAGCAAUCGAACAAUCGCGUUUCAGACGAUGAACAUUCAUCACACUGUGUCCCGAGCGACUCCUAAUCAGAGGGGUAUGGACACGUUGUGGGCGUGGCCUAUUCUUACGGGUUGGUCGGGACGGUUCGUUCAGGCAAUGAGGAUUCAGACCAAAACUUUUCACACUAUUGUGCACCUUUAAGCUAGAAAUUCUUU